AUGCCUCCUGCAGGACUCUGCCCCGGGGCAGCGAUCGACAUCUACACCCCGAGUGCCCUGGAAGUCCUCAACGGGACCGACGUGCGCUUGAAGUGCACCUUCCGCAGCCACGUCCUUCCUGGGGAAAAGGUGACGGUGACCUGGAACUUCCGGCCCCACUCGGGCGGCCCGGACCAGAAUGUGUUCUACUACCACGAGCAGCCUUACCCAGCGACGACAGGACACUUUGUGGGCCGAGUGAGGUGGGACGGCAACAUCCAGAAGAGCGACGCCUCCCUCAUGCUUUGGAAUGUGAGCCCGGCUGACAACGGCACUUUCCAGUGCCAGGUGAAGAACCCCCCAGACGUGGAUGGCAACAUCGGGGAGAUCCAGCUGGCGGUUGUGCUGAAAGUGACCUUCUCGGAGAUCCACAUCUUGGCCCUCCUCAUUGGCUGUACCUGCCUGUUCAUGAUCCUCCUGGUGGUGGGGGUGGUCCUCUGUCGCCAGCAGCGCAGGAAGCGGCAAGAGAAGAAGCUGGAGAUGGUGCAGGCAGGGCGUGACAGGUCAGAGAAAGCCAAGCUGAAGACAGCUGAGCUGGAGGAAAUGACGGUCAUGCGUGGAGAGCGAGUCUGA